UAUACUUUUCAAUCUUUCUAGUCUGUGCUUUUAUUUGAUAACCAUUCACCGGCGUUGAGCUAAGCUGUGAUUAAGAUUAAUAAAAAUCAAUUCUAAAUAAUAAAUUAUUAACAAGCGGUGUGCUGAAACAGAAUAAAUAAUAACAAUCAGAAAGUAGAAUUAUGACUUUCCUAGAAGAUUCAUUAAUAGUUUUUAUAUCUCAAGCAAUCUUCUUUAUAGGCGGUUGGAUUUUCUUUGUGAAACAAUUAUUCCGUGAUUAUGAAGUGCACCAUAGUCUUGUGCAGCUGAUAUUUUCUGUUACAUUUGCUUUGAGCUGUACAAUGUUUGAACUUAUCAUAUUUGAGAUUAUUGGCUAUUUAGAUUCAAGUUCAAGAUAUUUCCAUUGGAAUUUGGGGCUUUAUUCAUUGCUAUUUAUGGUGAUUGCUCUGAUACCAUUCUACAUUGCCUACUAUUGCAUCAGUAAUAUUCAAUUUUUAUCAAGAUCGCACAUACGGCCAUUAACAAUAUUUGUAUGGCUAGUAUAUUUAUAUUUCUUUUGGAAGAUCGGAGAUCCAUUUCCCAUAUUGAGUCCUAAACAGGGUAUAUUUUCUAUAGAGCAAGGGGUAUCUCGUAUAGGCGUAAUAGGAGUUACUGUAAUGGCAUUGCUAUCUGGUUUUGGUGCUGUUAACUAUCCCUACACAUCCAUGGCCAUAUUUAUCAGACCAGUUACCCAAUCAGAUGUAUUGUCAAUAGAAAAAAAGCUGCUACAAACAAUGGAUAUGAUUUUAGUUAAAAAGAAAAGGAUAGCACUAGCUGAGUCUAAUAGUGUGGGAGCGAGACAGAAUUAUAUGAUGGAUCAGUCAAAUGUGAAGAAUAGGGGUUUUUGGACAAAUAUUUUGUCUAGUGUUGGGAGUAUUACUAACCCAUUAAGUCAGGGGACUGAAAAUAUUUCUCAGCUUCGCCAAGAGAUAGCUGCGUUGGAGGAGUUAAGUAGACAACUGUUCCUAGAAGCACAUGACGCUCGAACAAUGAGAGAGAAAAUCGAAUGGUCCACCACUUUUCAAGGGAAAUACUUCAAUUUCCUCGGAUACUUCUUCUCUUUGUAUUGUGUAUGGAAGAUUUUCAUUUCGACAAUUAACAUAGUGUUCGACCGAGUUGGUAAAAAGGAUCCUGUGACCCGAGGCUUGGAGUUGGUAGUGCAUUGGCUCGGAUGGAAUAUAGAUCUCGCCUUUUGGUCCCAACAUGUCUCGUUCAUCUUGGUCGGUUGUAUUGUGCUGACCAGCAUACGUGGAUUAUUAUUAACGUUAACUAAGUUCUUCUACAAAAUAUCGUCAUCAAAAUCAUCAAACAUCAUAGUAUUGAUACUUGCUCAAAUUAUGGGUAUGUAUUUUUGUUCGUCUGUCCUGUUAAUGCGGAUGAAUAUGCCACCCGAGUACAGGAUUAUCGUGACGCAAGUAUUAGGUGAUUUGCAGUUUAAUUUCUACCAUCGCUGGUUCGAUGUUAUAUUUUUAGUAAGUGCUUUAACGAGUAUUUUUACACUAUAUCUUGCGCAUAAGCAGCCAUCUGUUAAUUAGAGUUUAGAAAGAUCUAUAGAUCAUUAAGUCAACGCCUGAAGAGACUUUAGUAAGUUAAUGCUCAUUAAAAAUAUUUACACAAUUUUUUUAUUAUUUCUCCAUAGUUCAAAUAGCCAUAUUGUCAGAAACAAAAGAAAAAUAUAAAACAAUUUAGUAAUGUUCUUACAAAAACAUCUCAAACACUCUCAAACUUUUGUAGCUCUUGACUUGAGGUUAUUCUGAGAUGCUAUAACCAUGCUGUUUGUGUAGAAGUCGGUAAAAAUAUAUCAACUC